CGCAAAUACAUAUAUCCAAAUCGGUUACAAAAUCACGUUUGUUGAGAUUUCCGUUACUUAGAUCUACCACCGACAACCGCCACCAUGAGAGUGGCCGGACAAUCACCACCACCACCGUCACCGGCACACCAGCCACCACCGUCAUCUCUAUCCAAAUCAACCGCAAAAGAUGCCGAAUCUCUCUUCCGCACCAAACCUAUCUCCGAAAUCCGAACAAUCGAAUCCACAACUCGAAAACAAAUCCAGAACAAAAGCGAAGAGCUCCGGCAGCUCGUCGGCAACCGCUACCGCGAUCUCAUCGAUUCCGCCGAUUCAAUCGUCAACAUGACGUCAUCCUGCCGUUCAAUUUCCAACAAUAUUUCCGCUAUUCACCACGGUAUUCUUCAUUCUCUCUCAUCCACCACUGUUAACCCUAAUUCUACAUCGUUAAACCCUGCUAGGGCUCGUAUGUACGGCAUUGCGUGUCGUGUUAAGUAUAUUGUUGAUACACCUGAGAAUAUUUGGGGAUGUUUAGAUGAAUCGAUGUUUGUUGCUGCAGCUGCACGUUACAUGCGUGCGAAAUUAGUUUAUUACGGUUUGAGAAACAAUAAUAAUGAUCAUAAUAACAAUAGUAUUAAUAAUAGUUACAGUUACAAGAGUGUGUUGGUGAAAUUUCCUUUGUUACAGCACCAAUGGCAGAUAGUUGAGAGUUUUAAAUCUCAAAUUUCGCAGCGGAGUCGCGAGAGGUUGUUGGAACAAGGUGUAGGUGUUGAGAUUUCGGCGUACGCUGACGCGCUCGCUGCGGUUGCGGUUGUCGAUGAGCUGGAACCGGCGCAGGUUUUGAAACUAUUGCUUGAUUCGAGGAAGUUAUUUGUUUCGCAGAAGUUAGGUGGUUGUAGGGAAUCUGGUGAGGAUGUGAUAAUGGUGUUUUGUGAAGUGUUGAAGGUGAUUCAAGUUAGUGUAGCGCAUGUAGGGGAGUUGUUUUUGCAGGUUUUGAGUGACGUGCCGUUGUUUUAUAAGACGGUGUUGGAUUCGCCACCUGUGUCUCAGUUGUUUGGCGGGAUACCGAAUCCGGAUGAAGAAGUGAGGCUGUGGAAGUCGUUUAGAGACAAAUUGGAGUCAUUAAUGGCGAUGCUGGAUCGGGUAUUCAUCGCUAAAGCUUGUUUGGAAUUCUUGAGGAGCUGUGGGAAGGAGAUAGUCAACAAAGUCAAUGGGCGGUAUUUGAUUGACGCGAUUGAUAGCGGGAAACAGCUUGCUGCAGCUGAGAAGUUGAUUAGAGAAACUAUGGAAGGAAAGGAUGUGUUGGGUGGAAGUUUGGAGUGGUUAAAGAGCGUUUUCGGUUCCGAGAUUGAAAUGCCGUGGAGUAGAACGCGCGAGCUUGUUUUAGGCGACAAUGAUGAUCUUUGGGAUGAAAUUUUCGAACACGCAUUUACAAGCAGGAUGAAAACAAUAAUUCACUCUGGAUUUCAUAAUAUGAAUAAUAUAGUCAAUGUAAAGGAGUCGAUUCUCGCUAUCGAUAAAGUUCACGGUGACAAAGUUAAUUUCCGAGAUUUUAUAAAUCGGUCUCCUUUGGGCGGUGGAGUUUGGUUUGUCGAACCGACUACGAAAAAGACUGGUGUCGUGACUAGCGCUACGGUAUUGCACAACGGUAGUGAUUAUCAGAGCUGUUUAAACGCUUACUUUGGUGACGAAGUUGGUCGAAUUAGAACGGCAGUGGACGACCACUGUAAGAAUGUACUUCAAGACUUAUUAAGCUUCUUAGAAUCUCCAAAAGCCUCUUUAAGGUUAAAAGAACUAGCACCGUAUUUACAAAACAAAUGUUUCGAAAGUAUGUCAGCCAUACUUACGGAUCUCAAGAACGAGUUGGAAUACCUGUAUGGUUCGUUACGCGAUUCGUCAUCAUCUCCGGCUAACAUAGUCGAAAGAUCACUGUUCAUCGGAAGAUUAUUGUUCGCGUUCCAGAAGUACUCUAGAAACAUUCCUGUUCUACUUGGUUCUCCCCAAUCGUGGUUGAACGAACCAAUGGCAGUGGUUUCUGGUAAGGCGUCACCACUUUCGAGGUAUUCUGGUGGCAUGUUUGAUUCGAAAAUGCUUACUUCACCUAGAAGACAAUCUUCGCUUGCUGCUUCUGCGUUAUAUGGAGUUGAUGAUACUCCGAGCCCGCAACUUGAUGAACUCAAAAAAACAACACAAGAUCUUUGUGUUAAAGCUCAUAACUUGUGGAUAACCUGGGUUUCGGAUGAACUAUCGGCUAUUCUCUCGCACAGUCUCAGAAAUGAUGAAAGUUUAUCGGCAACCACUCCCUUGAGAGGGUGGGAGGAUACGAUAGUUAAACAAGAGGACUCUGCUGAUAACCCAUCGGAGUUGAAAAUCUCGCUUCCUUCUAUGCCUUCCAUAUACAUCACCUCGUAUUUGUUUCAAGCUUGUGAAGAAAUUCACAGAGUUGGCGGUCAUGUACUUGACAAACCGAUUCUGCAGAACUUUGCCGCAAGAUUAUUGGAAAAGGUGAUUGAUCUAUAUGUGGAUUUCCUCUCAAAUAACGGGUCUAGCUCAACCCGUUUGUCUGAAAAAGGAGUUUUGCAAGUCUUAUUGGAUCUAAGAUUUGCUGCUGACAUUCUAUCUGGGGGUGAUUUAAGUGGAAACGAGGAAGUAUCAAAGACAUCAAAGACAAAAACGGGUUAUAGACGGAAGCAAGAUGUGCAACAACAAAAGUCGGUUGUGAAAGAUCGGAUUGAUGGGUUGGUGAUUCGCCUCUCGCAUAAGCUAGACCCCAUAGACUGGCUCACAUAUGAGCCAUAUCUUAUGGAGAAUGAGAAGCAGUGUUACCUGAGACACGCUGUCCUAUUUGGUUUCUUCGUGCAGCUUCGUCGGUUGUACACAGAUACUAUGCAAAAAUUGCCUACGAAUUCGGAAUCAAAUAUAAUGAGAUGCUCUACUGUUCCUCGUUUCAAAUACCUUCCCAUCAGUGCUCCUGUAUUAUCCGCAAAGGGGACAAGCAAGCCUCCUAUAUCAACAUCUAUAGAUGACGUUUCUUCAAGGAAUCCUUGGAGAAAGUAUACCCAAGAGGAGCUCUCCCGCAAUAUUGAUAUGGAUGAUGGUACGAGUGUAGGGGUCGCAACACCUUUCCUGAAAUCUUUCAUGCAGGUUGGCAGUAGGUUUGGGGAGAGCACGCUGAAACUAGGAUCCAUGCUAACAGAAGGGCAAGUAGGAAGGUUCGGUGACAUUCUACCUGCUCAAGCAGCCGGUCUUCUUUCUCAAUUUACAACCGCAAGAUCAGAUUACUGAUUUCACUCAUCCCACCUUAUAAACACACCAUUUAUCCCAACUAUAUGAUCUAAUGUCGAGAAAUGGAUACUUGGGUGCCAAGUUAAGGAAUGGGUCGGGCCCCAUUAGACCCGUGUACCCAUAAGCGUGCAAAUUUUCAGGUAAAGAACAAUAGAACAUAUAAAGUUUGUGAAUGUAAAUUUUGGGAGCAUUAUGUGUAAAGGAGGCAAAUAGUUAAUGUUUCUUGUAAGUUUAUUUUGAGUGAAAGAAACCAUUGUAGGGAUAGGGAGGCAUGUAGAAUAGCGGUAGCAUUUUUGUUUCUGUGCUGCUGAGAAUUGGUUUUAUAGUUGUGUCUUUGUUUUGUUUGA